AGAAAAUUAACGGGCUAUUCAAACUACAAGUUGUUACCAAUCAAUGAUGGGCGGAUUACUUGGGGCAGAUAAAUGGAAACAGGCUUGAACAUCACAAUUUACCGAACAGACACAGCGGUAACAAGCAUGAAGGUUGUAAGAAGAUUGAAAAUCAGUUGGUUAUUCUUGUGUCGUAAGAAAUCGUUCAAGUUCUGUUUGGUGGCGUUUUUUGUUGUUUCUGUGAUGAUAACAUUGCAUCUCCUAUAUUUCAUGUUGUACACCUUCAAGACCAAACUUGGUGAGGUUUAUACUUCUGAAGACGCACCUGUCCAUGGCCCUUUUGCCAAUAAACUAAGUUACCCACAACCAGUAUACCAUAAGGACAAGACCAGCACGGGGUGUUCAAAAAAGACAAACAUUGCGUUUCUAAAGAUGCACAAGUGUGGUAGCUCCACAGUAACUAACGUACUGCAGAGAUUUGCCCUCAAACGGAAUCUCAACGUUGUUUUACCUUUAAAGCCUAAAAACGAAAGUAUGAACAAUAUAUUUGGAUAUGGUUUGUUUUUUCGUAAAGAUAUGGUCAUCCCAUUACCAAAAGGCCAAGCGUUUAAUCUCCUCUUCAAUCACAUUAUCUACAACAGACAAAUAUUUCACGAACUGCUUCCAAACAACACAUUUUAUUUUGCAGUUAUUAGAGAACCGGUGACCAGAUUUAUGUCUUCGUUUAAUUAUUUUCAAAUGGCAAUGCAUAUGGCUAACGUGAAGCUUCAAAAGAAGAAGCUGGGAAUCGAACACAUAAAGUAUCCCUAUCCUUCACUGUCACAAAUGACCCUUGGAAGAUUGAUGUAUUCAGGGUUGUCUGCUUUUCUUCGCAACACGAGCAUGUUGACAGACAAACGGUUAAUAAGAUAUGCCUUUAACAACGUCGCUUUCGACUUCGGUGUACCUCUAGACAAAGUCAAUGAUUUUACCUUUGUUCUUGAAUAUAUCAAAGAACUGGACAAAGAUUUUCACUUUGUAAUGAUUAUGGAACACUUCGAUGAAUCUCUCAUUCUUCUCAAACGACUCCUUUGUUGGGAACAUAAAGACAUUCUGUACAGUCCACAACUUUCACGCGGAAAUUACGUUGUGGCCGCCGCAGAUUUAACCACAGAGGACUUGGGUUUCCUCAAAGAUCUGCAAAUGGCAGACACUAUGAUUUACAAUCACUAUAAGCAGCUGUUUUGGAGACGCAUGUCGGCUGCUGGGCCGGAUAUUUACGACGAAGUACAAACAUUCAAACGUACCCAGAAAACCGUGCUUUCUUUCUGUUACACGAAUUUGUCCAGGUUCCUGGUUAUUGGAGCAUCUCGGUGGAAUGAAAAGUUUUCUGUCUCCAGAGAAGACUGUAAGUUGAUGUUGGCAUGGGAGGUAACUUUACACAACAGGCUCGUCGACAUAGCCGUUGAAAAAGUGAAGCAUCAAGAAGAACCAAACUUCCUCUACAGAUUCCAUAAAUAUUUUGAUAAAUGGUUCGAUUAGAGAUUAUAAGAACCAACUCGCAUUGUCCUUACCACGACAGAGUGUAACUUGCUGAAGGCGUCCCGGUUCUUUGGAUACAUUUCAUCGUUACUCUGUGUCCAUACAGGCUUUCUGCCAGACAAUAAUUUGAGAGUACGUAAUAAAAUCAAAAUUGAUCACAAGUGCCCCAUAUUAAGUGGUUAUGAGUUUGAAAUCCUUUGAAAUUGAACACAGCAUUUCAUGUACUUUGACAAAUUUUAAACAGCAGUUUUCUUUUUAUAAUAUUUUUAAAAAAUAAUAAUACAAUGUAUCCAAUAAUUUCCUAAUUUUACGGCAGUGUUACCCCCUCGAACCCUUUGGCAGACAACCUGUCAAAGAGGUGGUGGGUUGUGUUACAUUCAAAGGGAAUUCGUGGUAGACAGGUGAUAUAAUAAUCCAUAUCGCUUAUAAACGUUCUGUUCCAGCAAUCCACAUAACAUGCACUCAUAUAGAAACAGGAGGCAAGUAAACAUUUGAAGGCCUGACUGACUGAGACGUACGUCGCGAAACUCCCGAGAUGUUAGGAUGCAAUGGCGGACCCAGGACACAUUUUAGGGAGGUGACCAAGGGCAAAAGGCACAUGGAGCAACUUCCCGAAAAGGGCACUUCAAUGAAAAUUGUAAAUAAUUUCUUCAAAAAAGGGGCACUUUAUUUUUUUAGAGGGAGGGACAGGUCCCUUCCCUUGGAUCCGCCCUUGAGGGUGGGUGUAAUCGGGGGAAUGCUUCCAACAUUUUUUUUUUUUUAAACUAGAUAUCCUG